ACGUUUGAAUCAGAGUCAGUGGUUUACUUGGUGUUUAUUUUUAUUAAUAACGUAUAUAAAGAUAUCUAAUAUUGAAAGGCUUUGCGUGAUCAGGAUUCGAUUGCGCCAUGUGCGCUAAAUGGAGGCACCCAUUGCUAUAACAGUAAGGUUUACCGGAAAAGAUCUAACAUAUAAACUCAUCUGUUUGCUCCAUUUGGGCCGAUUCAGACGAACUGCAAAAGAAGUAUCAUUUUGCCGGAAAGCAAAAGUAAUUAUGGUAGAUGGAACAAAGAAUGACUGACUAUCAGAUAAAACAAAUAUAUUCGAUUAAGGUAAUUAUUGUGUUGAUUAAAACUCAUGAAAAGAUGUGUAAGAGAAGCUCAUGUCCAUCAAAACGUUUGAGCGACAGUUUAUGGUGGACGUCAACGUAUUGGGUUAUAUGUAUGAUGUAAAUAUGUCUCUAUAUUAUAAUAACUUUUGUGUCAUGAUCGCAUUUUUUGGAAUCAAUUUUUUUAUAUGAAUAUGCAUUUACAUUGGAAUAAAUCUCAAAGAAUAGGAUAGAAAAAAAAAUAUUUUAUUUAAGUAAUAUAUAGUUACCAAUCAAAUAUUUUUACUUAAGGCAACGGCCAAUUCAACAGGAAAAUUGUGGUCGGAAACAUAACGUUAUAUAGGACGGCCAGAGCGCAUUAUUACCAAGCCAUCAUUUGAAUUAAUUAGUAAUAUUAAAAAAAUAUAUAGUAAGUUAUAGAUUUUGUUUUACGCUUUUUACUAAACAACGUAGUUACAUUAUAGAGUAAAAUUCUUUAACACUGGAAAAUGACGCCAGUCCUAUACAGUCAUCGCGCAGUGACUACGGUGCUGCAACCAUGUAUCUUUACCGCAAUAGCUAGGGCACAGAUAUUAAAAGCAAUCUUGCCGUCAGAUAAUUGCUAUAAAAACAUUACUUUUUGUUGUUAUUUUCCCGAGAUACAUUUUUCAUGUUACUACCAAAAAAUCGUUUGAUUAACUAAUGUAUAGCUGAAACAUUUUGUCCUAGCAAAAUCUGGUUGGGGAAAAUCAGUUGAAGACAAGUUUACACGUGAUUGCUGACGCACCACUUCUAAACGUGAUAAUAAAACAAGAAUCGGACUCAUUUGACUUACGAGUUAGCACUAGGUAGUUUGAACUCCAGGCAAGAACAUGAAGGUUUUAUGUAAAUAUUUUGUAUACAUUUCGCGGAUAUUUGUAUCGACGAAAUUUGGUUGAUGUUAGUUACGUUAUGGCUAAGAUAUAAUUCUAAUAAAUUAAGCGUCAUUCGUUACAACUAGAAAACAUCGUACAGGUAAAAACCAUUUAAUUGAAAUUAAAGAUCCAUAAGUACAAUUGAACGAUUGACGAAAUAUUGUAGUUCCUAUCUGAGCUAUGAUUGCUAGUUUGAUUUUCAUAAAACUACCUUCAGAGCGAAACUAUUGAUACGCAUACAUGCACAUGUCUACAAGCUACUUAUAAGGAUUUUGCUAAGUUUCUGAGAUUUGGUAAGGUAAAAACGCAUGUGAAUUUAGCAGGUGGUCUCUGGCCUUGAAUUGUUCGGCAUUACGUAUGGCGAUUAAAUGUGUCGAUUAUAGGUUGCAAGUUCGUUGUGAAAAAUGUUUAUAUCGAUAUUAAAUAAUGAGCCAAAUGGCAACACACGACGUCGUCUAAUGAAUCUGUGAUAAAUCGUAAAAUCUAUAAAUUAUAUAACGUGGCAAAAUGAUUCCAUCAGGAAGUUGUGAAGGCGUGAAAACCUAGCGGACGGGAACUUAGAAAAUGUUUUAUUCUUACAGAAGGAAAAUGUACGACUCCAAAGUGUGAAAACAAAUAUCGUAAAGUGGUCAUUUUAGACCCAGUAAGCGUCAGUCAUCGUAGUAAUGAUCUACUGUGCUAUGGACAGUGAAACUUAACCACAUGAAGCGAAAGCAAUAGUUAUUUACAGGAAAUUGAAGUUGUAAUUUGUCAUCAUUUUGCUUCUUACUUGGCGGCAUCAAAAACAUUUUAUAUAGACAACUCGAAAGUAAUUAUUUUCCAGGAGGUUUGCCGUGAUUUACUUUUAUUCACUUGCAUAAAAUGACCUAAUUCUGUGCUAGCCCGGAUGUAUAAAGCAACAACAUUGAAACAAUAGUAUCAGUAGCAGCAAGACAUUGUUUCUACAAGGUGCGCUAUUGUUAAUCAGACUUAUGAAAGCAGUGCGUGCGUGCACGUAUGUAUAUGCGUGUUUGUAUAUUAUGGUUUUGCGUUACGUGUGUCUGUAUUCGCCAGUGUACGCAUAUAUAUUUUUGCAGAUACUGCGCGACGCGGAAUUGAUACGUUAGCUUGCGAUGUACACUGUACGUGUCUAUGAUUGAAUCAUUGGGAUAAUGGCAACAUCAGCGAGAUUUGUAAUAUAUGACACAGACCUAUUGGCGUUCCCUAGGAAGCAAUUUCCAGUCCAAUUACAUUUCACGUAAUGUAUGCGAAAUGCUUUGACACAUUGUGGUGAUGAUAAUCAGUAGCGGUUGAAGGUGGAAAGGCUAAACUCUUCUUCACACAUGCUUAAGCAACAACCACAGUUAGAAUCUAAUAAAAAUCAGAAGUAAAGAAAUGGCGGCUGCCAGUAAAGUGUGCACGGAAACUGCCGAAGAUUGUUUUGCGCCAUUCCCGACAAGCGCAACCGAAAAGAGUUCUACAGAAAAACAAGACGUUGAAUCGGAUACGCUCCUAAAUCGUCAGAUUAUUCUACGGUCAUUGACAGGGUUCACCAGGAAUGAUUCCGAUUUGGUAGAAGUCUGCACGCAGCAAUCAUCAGCGAGCAUGCCGUCGUCCCUAAGCAGCCUUAUUAAUCUAUCUAAUUCCAUCAUAGGAGUGUCCCUGCUUACUAUGCCAUAUUGUUUUCAACAAUGCGGUAUCCUCUUGUCCUGCGUUGUCCUUGCACUCUCCACAUUCAUCAACAAAUACGCCUGUCAUUUGCUGCUCAAGGCGGCGAUGCUAACACGUAGGAGAAAAUUGGAGUACCUCGCGUAUCAGACUCUCGGCUAUAAUGGUAAACUGCUCAUUGAACUGGGAUUGAUCUGCUUUCUGCUCGGGGGAUGUGUGGCGUUAUUCGUAGUUGCCGGAGAUCUUCUGCCUGCUCUGUUAAGCUCAGGCGUUGCGCAGGAGUCACGAGUGUAUCUGAUGGUGUUUCUCGCCUUCUUUGUGGCUCUUCCUUUAUCACUUCGUCGGAACACAGAGUCACUCACAUCGUUCUCGUUGAUUUCGAUGCUGUUUUAUGUGUUUCUUGCUAUAAAAAUGUUCUUUGAUUCAUUGCCAGCCCUUCUAAAUGGCAGCUGGUUUCACCGGGUCGUUUGGUGGAAUACAGACAAUCUACUUGCUAUCCUUCCAAUAUUCGCAAUGGCGCUUGCGGGUCAACCCCAGGUGUUCGAAGUGUUCGACCUCGGCGCCAUUGAUGUACCUCAAAUGCGUGUUCUUGAUAGAACGGUCUCAUCAGCUAUGCAUACAUGCUUAACCGUGUACGCAGUCGUUGGGUUCUGCGGGUACAUUGGUCAAUACCAAAGAGAUGCACCUCUGCCGGGAAACUCACUUUUAUUACUAGACGACUCUUGGAUGUCAUGGAUGUUCAAACUGGGUUUUGUCGCUUCACUCAUCAUGUCCUUUCCGUUGUGCUUAUUUCCCUGCCGCACCUCAUUGCAUUCUGUCAUUUAUCGAAGGAAUGCAAAGCUCCACGAAGUGUCAUCUUCACUACACGACUUCAUUCCGGAGAAUCGCUUCAAAUUAUUGACGUUCGUGCUACUGACAUCGACUUUGGGGGCUGCCCUACUUAUUCCUCGAAUUGAACUCUUCCUUGGAAUCACUGGGGCAACGAUUGGAUGUGUGGUGUGUUUGGUGGCACCAGCUCGGAUAUUCCUUGGGGCUGCCAAUGGCACGAAUCAAACAAAUGCACUUGAAGGACUUAUGGCACAGUUUGUCGUCCUCUUGGGGUUAGUGAUAAUGGCCCUAUGCAGCUUUUCCAUGAUAAACCGCCUUCAUCAACCCGAAGCAUUUAGCCCCGUUGAGUUAAAUGACAAUGGGAACGGUGUCAAUAUACAUGACAAUGCUAUGCACAAGAUGCUCAAGGGUUUUCCUUUAGAAUCAAGAACCGGUGGCAUUGUUACCCCUAUCGUGAAAAAUCAAAAGCAGGAGGAUAAAGCUACUAUGUCAAAAACCAUAGCUGAGAUGAAGGCUCCAUUAGUGGAAAAGGAAAACAAACGGAUCGAAUUUCCGGAUCAUCAAAAGGAAGUUCGGGAGGUCAGGACAGUCCCGAACAAAACAAUAGGACCGCUAGAUACGGUCAAGCAUCACGUUGGUAACAAAAACGAAGAGCCGGCCGGACACAUUGUUUACGUUUCAGAUCUGCUUGAUAUAAAACCAUUGAGUAAACCUGACAUUUCUGUCAAUGUAGACAAAAUAAAUAUUGCGAAUGGCAAGCAAUCUGUUACUAAAGCAGAAACAGUUAUGGAACAAUCAUUGCCUCCUCCAUUAGCUGUUGACACUGCAAGGUUAGCUGGAGCUUCGAAUGCGCCGAAAACGGGUGUAUCGUUUUCGCCGGACUCACUGCGUGUGCGAGGAGGCAAGAAGGACAAGGACGAGAUUAAGUUACUCGAGAAAAUAGCUGAAGUACAGCAAGAGCAAAAGAGGAUGAUCGAGGACAUCCAAAAGGAGCUCAAGCAGGAAAUUGCACUACAUAAGGAAAUCAAGACAAAUCAUAGUAAGGAAAACGAGUUCGUCGAACUAUUUGAGGAGAAAAUGAAACGUAUUGAUAAACAUAUAAAAGAUGCUGAUAAAAUAGGCAAUAAGACAAUGAAAGAUGCCAUUGGGGCAGGGAACAUUAAUACCCCGAAAGAGGAACCUUGGCUUAAUGGAGCAGACAAAAAACGCCUAGGGUUCAAAGGUCCCCUAAAAAUCCUUAACAACCGAAUACAAGAACAAGCAAAGAACGCUGCAAAUACACCAGCGAAAACAGCUGAAACUAAGUUAGCUACUGAAGUUGGUGAACAAACUGCAAACAUUCACGGUCAGGAAGUUCGUCUUGUUGAGACGAUAUCCAUACCAGUAAAGCCCCAGAUGAAAAUUAGAGAAGUACAAAAUCCUGAUAUGUCUUCUAAGAACUCUCCCCAAAAUCCACAAAAAAUAAAUGAGAAGGAAAUAGCUUCGAUAAAUCAAAUAGUUAUCCCCUCAAGAGAACAAGCGCUAGACGAACAGCCUGUGCUCGGUGUGUUUGGAGUAAAGAAUUAUCCACUUGAAGCACCUGCAUUAGUGCGGAUUCGACAAGCAGAAAGCGCAGUUGCGCCUGGAGACUUAAUACCUCAAAAAUUAGCUGAAAACUCAAAAAAGUUGGUGAUUGUUCCUGUUGAGAAGCCAGCGCUACUGUCAGAGGUGAAAAAAGAUCAGGGACCAGCACUGAUGAAAGACCUUGAUAAAAGCAUUAAGCAAGACAAACAAGCAUAUAAUAAGAAGAAUAACGCAGGGAAAAACGAAAAAGCCCAAGAAGACAAGAUAUAUAAAGAUGAACCUAAAGACAAGAAAUCACAAGAACGACACAAACGGGAAGAUAGCGUUGUUGUUAGAAAUAAUAAUGUGAAUGAAAAAUCCACGAACUUAGAAGAAAAAAAAGAAGAGUAUUCGCCCAAAGUAGAUGCGGCUCCACUUGUUGUAAAAAUGAACCCUGCUGCAAACAACGUCUCUAAAAAGGAAGCAGUACAUAAAGAAAUUUAGUUUUGUUAUUUCACAUUCAACAGGAUUUUGUACUGUUAACUGAACAUAACACACUUAUUACCAAACUAGUAUUAUAUGUCGUACUUUUUGAAACACUUUCUUUGCGCAGCACGCAGUAUUGGGCAACAAAUUACUACCUUUCAACCACUUGUAGCUGAUUGCAUUAUAAAGUAGACGCGGUCCAUGUAAAUAGCAUGUUAAGUAUUUGGGUUAAAAGGAAAAAUCCAAUUUCAUGUACACCCGAAGACUUCGUAUUGACCCUAUAUACCACGAUCUACACGCAUGGCACAGUCUUUAUGUAACUGCCCCACUGCAUGACGUUCAAGCUCAGUUAUACGUUUAAAUUAGUUUUGAUGAGGCCGCUUAACUGUUUGUGGGCUUUAGUUGUCUACAGAAGUAUGAUGCCUCUUGACAAUGAUAGAUAAGUAUGUUAGUGUUGAUGACACUGAUGUUAUGCUACUGACCCUGUGAUAUCUGUUUGUUCUACAAAACGAUAGCUAUCCUCAUUAGCUAAUAAGAUUUUUCCAUUCGUUGUACAAAAGUUCAUCUCAUAUGAGUUAUAGUGAGCCAAAUAAAAGUAAGUUAAUUGUUUGUUUCACGAUCUCUAAAUGAAUAUCGGUGGAGCAAGGUGCCGUCGAAGGCAUAUAUAUUCAGAUCGUCUCACGGUUUUUGUUGAGAAUAAACUGUAAGCAUUAUUCUUUAUACAGACAUAAAAGUAUAAGUAAUAAAAUUUAUUCUUACAACUUUUGCUUAUUUAUUGGAUUGGAAAAGAAGUUU